AUGGGGUUCACGGCGAUUACGACGGAGGUGAAGGAAGGCGUGCUCAUCCUGCGACUGAACAGGCCCUCGCGCAAGAAUGCUUUCAAUCACGAGCAGUACGAGGAAUGCAUCGUCGCCCUGGCCCAAGCCGCAAAGGAUGAAAACCUGUUUACGGGUGCGGGCGACUACUUCAGCAGCGGCAACGACCUCGCCAACUUCCUGCGCGCCGACUCCACCGACACCACACCGGCCAAGGACCUCCUGACGCGCUUCGUGAACGCGUUCAUCCUCUUCCCCAAGCCGAUCGUUGCCGCGGUCAACGGUCCCGCCGUGGGCAUCGCCGCCACGAUUCUGGGGCACUGCGACCUCGUCUACGGCUCUGAAACAUGCUCGCUGCACACGCCGUUCAUGCAGCUGGCGCAGAGUCCCGAGGCCUGCUCGUCUCUCCUUUUCCCCGAAUCGAUGGGCGCCCUCAAGGCCAACGAGAUGCUGCUCCUGGGCAAAAAGUUCUCCGCCCGUGAGGCGCUCAAGGCCAACCUCCUCAACGAGGUCUUCACCGAGAAGGGCGACCAGUUUACCGAAAAGGUCUUCGCCAUCGCACGCCAGCUCGCAUCGUAUCCUCCCGAGGCCGUGCAGCUGUCCAAGCGGUUGAUCCGCAACAACCGGCGCCUCGCCCUGCUCGAUGCCGUCAACAAGGAGGAGGUCGAACUGCUUGGCGAACGGUGGGUGUCGGCCGAGUGUAUCCAGGCCGUCAUGAACUUCAUGUCCCGUCGACAGAAGGCCAGCCUCUGA